CGAUGAUGUGGUUCUUCUUCUCUAGUGUCUACAUCUGUUUUUUUCCUACAAGUAGGGAAUCAAUCGUUUAUUUGAUUUGCAGUCUUCAUCCAAACACAACCCACGUUGCCCCUUGAAUUGAGCCGAACGCCAUUAGCUAUGGCUUCUGCUGAAGGAGGAGACAAGUACCGGUCGUUCCUGCACGGCGAUGGCGAGAAGAACACCGUGUGGAGGCAUGGAGCCCCUCCCAACUACGACCUGGUGAACAAGCUCUUCGAGGAAGAGAGGACCAAGGAAUGGCCGGAGGGGUCUCUGGAAGAGAAGGUGCAGCGCCUGCUCAAAAGCUGGGAGAUGGAGAUGGUCCACAAGGUGCGCCCCGAGGACCAGAAGAGCGUCCACCCUAGGAAUUACUCCGCGAGCACCAACGGGCUGAAGCCUCUGACGCGGGAGGAGGUGACCGCCAUCGGCGGCUACAACGCGUUCCUGGCGACCAAGCUGCCGCCGGAGCACCGCAUCUACGACCCGGACAAGGAGACGGUCGACUCCGGCAUGUCGACGUUCCUCACGGCGUUCCCCAGGGGCUUCGCCAUCGAGGUGCUGGACGUGUACAGCGGCCCGCCGAGGGUCGCCUUCAAGUUCCGGCACUGGGGUUACAUGGAGGGGCCGUUCAAGGGCCACCCCCCUCACGGCCACCGCGUCGAGUUCUUUGGCGUCUGCAUUUUCCACGUUGACGACGACACGAGGGUGGAGAAGGCCGAGUACUUCUACGAGCGUGGCAACUUCCUCGCGAGCUUCUUGAUAUCCUAAAUCGGCUUCAAAUUGACCAAGUCCACCAAAUCGAUCCCCCUCAUCCCACUCUCGUCCUCCGUUUCUCGCGUUUGAGUUGUCGCUUUCAUCCACUUUUGCUCCCUGUCCACGCCGCUAUCCUUGUCCGGCAUCGUAGAUGUCGACACCGAGCACCCCGUCCCCCACCGCCUCCAUGUGGGGGUACCGACCAUCGUCUCUUGCAAGGCGGAGAACAUCGCUCGAACAGAUUGGCGCAACCGGCAGCGCGUAGGGAAGUUACGAAGAUGGUAGCUGCGGAGAGGGGAGUGGCGGAGAAGGCUAGAGACAUGGAUAUAUGUAUGUCUAGUCUGGCAACCGCCUCCGUGUCGUCCGCCGUGAAAUAACAAGGCGCCAAACUCUGUUCCACCACCCAAAUGGGCCAUCCCGGAUGGCUGGACGGAAGACGUCGCUGCCGCGGAGACAAUGUAGGAGUCGCCGCAAUUCCAAAGGUUGCGGACAACAUUGUGAAACGUCGGCGCCGUGCAGGCCCACCUGUUAUUCAACGAUAUGCCCGACCAAGACCAGGUACAUUCUUGCCCCAUAUGACAUUGAAUCGCAUGCUUCGUUUGUUGCACAUGCCAUUGGAUAAAUCUAGGGAUGUAGUUUUAUUGUGGUGCAUAUUGUAGGACACAAUUAUGAUGGACAUGAUACAUGAUGGUCAAGAGUCUAUGCAUUAUGACUUAUUGAUACCAAUUCCCCAUGUAUGAAGUCGGGCAAACAUCGUAAAAAGGAAAGAACCAAAGGCAAGAGGUCCGGCAUUCACAAGCCAUGAGAAUGUGUUGUUAUGUGAAUCUUGGUUGGCCACAAGCAUGUAUGCAAUUUGUGGAACCGAGCAAAAGGGUGUUAAGUAUUGGUAAACAAAAUCCACAAAUACUACUAUGAACACAAGAAGUAUGUGCAGCCGAACCCUAUCCAUACCACUCGCAGUGAGGGCUCUUUCUAAUAUAGAUGGUCCAUGAUCCAAGAAAGCGUCAAAAAGUUUUGCGUUUACUAUACACAAGUGGUUGGCUGAACCAAAAUGAGAUUGGAGUCCAAAGCCAUGUUGACUUGCUUCACAUUGUCAUCAUUUGAAUUUCUAGCUCCGGUUGUUGCA